ACUGUCUGAAAGUCACAAGGCAAGUCAAACCUGUUGCUGUUUGGGUUAUCAACCUUUAGAUUUAAACCAGUUCUUAUAAUUGGAAUUCAAAAAUCCCACACAAAGAAGUGAAGAAGGCAUUUUUGUGGGACAAGAAUGCAGUGGUACACUUUGUUCUUUGCAGCUAUUCUGUUAGUUAUACUCUACUUUAAACGGCAGAGGGUCAGGUUAUCAAAUGAGCCACCUCUUGAUAAAGGUAUCGUCCCAUGGCUGGGGCAUGCCUUUGAGUUUGGCAAGGAUAGUGCCAAAUUUUUAUUGAAAAUGAAGAAAAAAUAUGGAGACAUCUUCACAGGUGGAAUUUUCCAUGCCUGUUGGCGUCAGACAUCAUGGCAGGCAUCAGCGGACAAAAUGGCAGGAAGGACAAAAAUCAGUUUCACGUCGUCGUGAAACCAGUUUGCAAACGUCCGCUAAGCCUGUCAAGAGCAGGCCGUGUUUCCCACCACCGGACGUCGGGAACUUCAUUUUCAUACAUCUGCAUAUCAUUAUAAGACCAGCUGACCAGAAUCAUCCCCCCACGAUGGAGCAUCUAUCACAUCGAUGUAUGUACAUAAGUGAUGUGAAGCUGCACUUCGCUCGGGACUUCGAGAUCCAAAUAGCAGGACGAUUUAUAACGGUAUUACUUGAUCCUCAUUCAUUCGAUUCAGUUGUGACAGAAUCCAGUGCAAAGCUGAACUUCACAAAGUAUGCAUUACUUUUAAUGGAUAGAAUCUUCAACCUUCAGUUUCCUAACCAUGAUCACAGCAAAGAAAAAGCUUUGAUGAAAACGCAACUUCAAGGGAAAAACCUUUCUUCAUUGACACAGGCAUUUCUGUCUAAUCUUAAAACAAUUUUACUGAUUGAUGAAAAUGGAACAAAGAAUGCCUGGAAGAAAGAAGGGUUAUUCAACUUCUGUUAUGAUGCUAUGUUCAGGGCGGGAUACCUUGCGCUGUUCGGAAAUGAAGCUGCACAAAUUAAUGAGCAAACAUCAAAAGUUAAAGAUGGAAUUCAUUCAGCACAACUCUACAGUAUAUACAAGAGACUGGACCAAAUCUUGAUAAAAUCAUCAACGCUAUCAGCUGGUGAGAAGAAGGAGGCUGCCUUGGUGAAGAAAAACCUAUGGUGGUUGAUGUCUGUGGAGAAUCUAAAUUCAAGAGUGAACAGAAGCAGCUGGCUUGAAAGCUACCAGAACUACCUUCAGAGACAGGGCAUGCAUCCCGACAUGCAGGCACGAGCAAUGGUACUACAGCUGUGGGCCACUCAGGGUAAUGUUGGGCCUGCAGCAUUUUGGCUCCUAUUAUUCCUGCUGAAACAUCCAGAAACAAUGUCUGCAGUCCAGGAAGAAAUCAAGAAAAUUGGCUUUAACCAUGCAAUGUCUACUAUUAGCCAGGAUGUUCUUGACAAUACUCCAAUUUUCGAUAGUGUUUUAAAUGAGACUCUGCGGCUGACAGCAGCGCCAUUUAUUACCAGAGAAGUUCUACAGGACAUGAUACUGCAGCUUGCAGAUGGCAGAACAUAUCACCUCCGCAUGGGAGACAGACUCUGCCUGUUUCCUUAUUUAAGUCCCCAGAUGGACCCAGAGAUCUAUGAAGAACCUGAGAAAUUUAAGUAUGACCGAUUUUUGAACCAAAACGGAACAAAGAAAACAGAUUUCUUCAAGGGUGGAAAACAGCUGAAGUACUACAACAUGCCUUGGGGUGCAGGAACCAAUGUUUGUGUUGGACAAUCCUUUGCAAUAACUAGCCUAAAAGUGUUUGUUUUUAUCAUGUUAAGCUGUUUUGAUUUUCAGCUUACUAAUCCAAAGACAGACAUCCCAGCCUUUAACACAAGCAGAUACGGAUUUGGACUGAUGCAGCCAGAAAAUGAUAUCAUGUUUCAGUAUAAACUCAAGGUUGAAUAGCCCAAAGGACAACAAAGCAACAGAUAUCGGAAUCCUCCAGUGUGCAGGGAUUUUUAUCACGCUUGUUUUUGCAACUCAAACAUCCAUAUUCACUUGAUGAAAAUUUAUCUUUUUCUGUUGUGUUCAGCAAUUGUUUUCCUUUUACAAAGACCAGUUGAUGGAGAGAGGAGUUAACAAGCGACCUUUUUGGAAAAUUGUUAUUAUAGUUCAGAACAGAAUUUCUGUGAGAAUUACAUACCAAGAAAUAAUGAGUUUUUCUUUUAAGUAAGCUAACCUCUGUUAGAAUAAGUGAAUGAAUUGGAGGACUGGAAAAUAGUUUUAGCCAAAACACUUUCGAGCCUUUUUAUUGUCCCUGUUUUCUUUAAUAUUUAAAAAAUUGAAAAACUGCAAAG